AUGCAGUCGUACUUUGCCAAUCAGAGCUGCGAUCCAUUCUCCGAUAGGAGCAUCCCGUGCACUCUGGGCAACUACGUUUCGUACUCUGUCAAAGCUACCGAGGCGGAGGAUGUCGUAUCUGCUCUUGAGUUCGCCAAAGCGCAGAAGAUCCGGGUCGUGGUGCGCAACACUGGGCAUGACUUUCUUGGAAGAUCUACCGGAGCCGGCGCUCUAGCCAUCUGGACCCAAAGUCUCAAGAACAUCGCCUUCGGCGACUGGUCCGAUGAGCACUACACUGGCCCGUCGGUCACUGUUGGUGCUGGAGUGAUGGGCAACGAGUUGCUCGAGGCAGUGCACAAGCAAGGCAUGAGUGUUGUGUCUGGCGAAUGCGCUACUGUUGGUCUAGCAGGAGGCUUUACCCAAGGUGGUGGACACUCGGUGCUCAGCACUGAGUUCGGGCUUGCUGCUGAUCAGACUUUGUCCUUCGAGGUCGUGACUGCUGAGGGCAAGAUGCUCACUGCUUCAGCAACCGAGAACGCCGACCUUUACUGGGCUCUCAGCGGAGGUGGUGGUGGCACAUAUGCUAUCGUCCUCUCAUUGACUGUGCGAGCAUACCCGGCCAAGCAGGUUGGCGGUGCUGCUAUGCAGCUUCUCGCCUCGUCCACCACCCCCGAGAAGUACGCCGCAGCAACUGCCAAGCUGAUUGAGCUCUUGCCGGCGAUGAUCGACGCUGGUGCUAUGGUCGUCUUUUUGGUCAGCACUCAGUACAUUGUGAUCAAGCCCGUCACCGUCUGGGACUCAACAGCUGCCUACGUCAAGGACGUUGUGCUUGCGCCUUAUGCCAAAGCUCUUACAAAUCUCGGUAUCACACCCCCAAUCGUCUACAGCGAGCUGUCUUACCGCGACCACUUCGAUCGCUACAUGGGUCCUCUCCCACGCGGCGCAUACGAAGUCAACCGAUACCAGUUUGGUGGCCGUCUCAUUCCCCGAACUGUGGUUGAGAACAAGACCGCCGAUCUUGUCAAGGUCUACCAAGAGCUUGCCGCAGAAGGCGUCUUGCUUGCCGGUAGCUCAGCAAACUACAAGAAGCCCGCUGGAGUCGCCGACAAUGGCGUACUACCCGCAUGGAGAGACGCCAUGAUUCAGCUGCAGCUUAUCACCAACUGGGACUCCACCGCUCCCUGGGCUACCAUGGAGGCCGCUCAGCAGAAGAUGACCAACGAGCUCAUGCCUAAGAUUGAAGCCAUCACACCAGGCAGUGGCUCAUAUCUGAACGAGGCAGAUUUCCAGCAGCCGAACUGGAAGGAGACAUUCUUUGGAAAGAACUAUGACAAGCUGAAGGACAUCAAGAAGAAGUACGACCCCAAGGAUGUUCUCUACAUCCUCAAGGGUGUUGGUAGUGAGGCAUGGAAGGUCAGCAAAGACGGACGUAUGUGCCGUGCGUAG